AUGGCCGACGAGAAGAGAUGGAUACUGAAUGCCUUCUCGAUGAGCAGCCCAACCCACGUCGCAGCAGACUACUGGAUAGAGCUUGCAGAGAUCCUGGAUGGGAACUUCCACGCCCUGUUCCUAGCAGACAUGCUCGGCGUCUACGACGUGUACAAGGGGCCCGAGAAUAUAAGGGAGGUUAUACCGGGGGCCGCUCAGUUUCCGAUUUCCGAUCCCUCGAUACCUAUCGCCGCCAUGGCUGCUGCGACCAGGUCACUCUCAUUCGGCGUGACGGCAUCUACUACAUAUGAAUCUCCCUUCCUCCUGGCUCGCCGCUACGCGACACUGGAUCACCUUACAAACGGCCGCAUCGCUUGGAAUGUAGUCACCAGCUAUCUUCCCAGCGCGGCCAAGAACCUCGGACUGGAGCAGGAGAUCAAUCACGAUGAGCGGUACGCCAUUGCCGACGAGUUUCUGGAAGUCGUCUAUAAGCUUCUGGAAGGAUCUUGGCGCGACGAUGCUGUCAGGCUCGAUCCUGAUGCGAUGGAAUAUGCAGAUCCCGAUGGAGUUCGCAGAAUCGACCAUGUCGGAAAAUACUUCAAGGUCGCCGGCCCGCAUCUCGUCGAGCCGUCCCGCCAGCGCACCCCGUUCAUCUUCCAAGCAGGCGCCAGCAAAGCCGGUAAAGAAUUCGCCACCAAGCACGCCGAAGCCAUGUUCCUGCCCGGCAUGGAGAUUGCGACCGUCAAGAGGACGGUGGAUGAUAUCCGUGCAACGGCCAGAGCGCAAGGUCGCGAUCCGGCCGGGAUCAAGCUGCUCGUGGGCAUGCUCGUGAUAGUCGACAAGACGGAUGAGAUGGCCCGUGCAAAGUACGACGAGUACCUGUCGUACGCCGACCUGGACGGUACCCUGGCCCUCUUUGGUGGCUGGACGGGGACUGAUCUCGGAGGCUUCGCCGACGAUGACGAUCUGAAGUUCUCGGGGCCGGGGGCCAUUCAGAGCAUGGUGUCCUCCUGGAGCGCUCAGAUACCUGGAUCGGACAAUCUGCGCUGGACCAAGAAACGAGUGGCGCAGGAACUUUCGCUCGGAGGCCCCCACCCGCGGGCUGUUGGCUCGGCCCAGACCGUCGCGGACACCCUACAGAGCUGGGUUGACGAGGCGGACGUCGAUGGCUUCAAUAUCUCGUAUGCCGUGGGCCCCGGAGACCUGGAGGAUGUUGCCAGGUAUCUGGUCCCUGAGUUGAAGCGCAGAGGUGUGUUCUGGGAUGCAGCAAUAGCCGAGGGAAGGACGACGCGCGAGAACUACCUUGGGACCUUUUCUCCGGAUGGGAGACUGAGCGAGGACCAUCCAGGGUCGCAGUAUAAGUGGAAAUCCGGAAAAUAG